UAUCGCGAGAAUGUACGCAGAAGAUGGCUGCGUUACCUUCGUAGGAAUUGAAUAGUAAUUGGGUGUUGAGAAUUAGGCACCCAUAUUUUACACUUUUUAGUUACGUUUCUCUCUGUUAUUUAUUUUUGUACUUUUUUACAUGUGCGUUUUAUUUUAGCUUUUCCGCAUGUUACAGCACAAGGGUUUCUUAUUUCCAUGCUGUGCAGCGCCAGUCUUUCUACCGUGCGUCGUUGGUUCGUGUACCAGCAGUAACUUUCCUUCUCGCUGCAGUAGCGGUUUAGCUGGCAAUGACUGGAGAGAAGAUCCGCUCGCUGCGCAGGGAUCAUAAACAUUGUAAAGAUGAGGGAUCACUGGAACCCGACGAUGAAGACGUUGUGCUGACACCUUCAAGAUCUGGGACAUUCCCCAGGACUAACAACAAAAGCAAAUCAAAUAAAAUAUUUAGUAACCAUAGACUGAUCAAGACUCCAUCACAACAAUAUUCUCCUCAGACCAAUACAAAUGCAAACACGGCGUCCGCCGGGCUGACGGAGAAUUUCAUUGUGUUGCCGGCCAAAUCACUAACCGAAUAUCCGGUGCAUGAGUGUGUGUUUAAAGGGGAUGUCAGACGGUUGUCGUCGUUCAUCAGAACGCAUAGUAUAUCCCAGAAAGAUGUUCAUGGUAAUACUCCUCUACAUCUUGCAGUAAUGCUUGGGCAUAAAGAGUGCGCACAUCUACUUUUGGCCCACAAUGCUCCAGUAAAAGUAAAAAAUGCUCAGGGAUGGAGUCCACUGGCAGAAGCCAUCAGCUAUGGAGAUCGACAAAUGAUUACAGCACUUUUGCGGAAACUUAAACAGCAGUCGAGAGAAAGUGUAGAGGAAAAGAGGCCUCGAUUAUUAAAAGCCUUAAAAGAGCUUGGUAACUUCUAUCUAGAGCUUCACUGGGAUUUUCAAAGCUGGGUGCCUUUACUUUCUCGUAUCCUGCCUUCUGAUGCAUGUAAAAUUUACAAGCAAGGGAUUAACAUCAGGCUUGACACAACACUAAUUGACUUCACGGAUAUGAAAUGCCAACGUGGUGAUUUGAGCUUCAUUUUCAAUGGCGAUGCAUCUCUUUCGGAGUCUUUUGUUGUUUUAGACAAUGAACAGAAAGUUUACCAGCGAAUACAUCAUGAGGAAUCUGAGAUGGAGACCGAAGAGGAGGUUGAUAUUUUAAUGAGCAGUGAUAUUUAUUCAGCAACUUUAUCAACAAAAUCAAUUACCUUCUCCCGUGCCCAAUCUGGAUGGCUUUUUCGUGAAGAUAAAACUGAAAGAGUGGGAAACUUCUUGGCAGACUUUUAUACUGUUAAUGGCCUUGUUUUAGAGUCAAGAAAGCGAAGAGAGCAUCUCAGUGAAGAAGACAUUUUACGAAAUAAGGCAAUUAUGGAAAGUCUGAGCAAAGGAGGAAACCUAAUGGAACAGAAUUUUGAGCCUGUUAGAAGACAGUCUCUUACAUCUCCUCCUCCUAAUACUGUUACAUGGGAAGAGUACAUCUCAGCUGAGAAUGGAAAAUCUCCUCAUCUUGGUAGAGAGUUGGUCUGUAAGGAGAGCAAGAAGACUUUUAAAGCAACCAUAGCCAUGAGCCAAGAUUUCCCUCUAGGAAUUGAAUCGUUACUGAAUGUUUUAGAAGUUAUAGCACCAUUCAAGCACUUUAACAAACUUCGAGAAUUUGUCCAGAUGAAAUUGCCACCAGGAUUUCCUGUAAAGUUAGACAUACCAGUGUUUCCCACUAUCACAGCUACAGUAACCUUUCAGGAGUUUCGGUAUGAUGAAUUUGAAGAGUCCAUUUUUACCAUUCCUGCUGACUAUAAAGAAGAUCCUAGCCGAUUUCCUGACUUGUAGCUUUCUGUUUCAGUUAAGGGUACAAGUCUUCUACACUGGAAGCGACUGGAAAAUAUUCUUCAUUGCGCAUGGGCAGUGUGAAAUUCAAAAAAUGCCACUGAAUUUUAACUAGAAAAAAGUGCAUAUUAGACUGGAGAAAAGGGAACAAAUUGUGAUGAAGAUAAUACACUAAAACAUGCAAAAGCCUCUUGUUUGCUAAGGCUGGCCUCCUGAUCUGUUAGAUCCAGUGGCUUCUUUUUAUACUACAGGAUUACUGAUUUAUCUGUAAGUGAUCCCAAAAGACUGGCACAAACUUUGUGCUCUGCUCUUAGUACAUUUUCUGAACUUUGGUGUCUUUCCAGAGUGGCACAAAAGCAAGUGUUCACAUAAAUCAUUCCUUAGGGAAGAAUGGAAUGUCUUAGCUGAUAUUAGCCCUUUACACCUUGCAUUCAAGGUGCCCUUAUAAAUAUCUUGUCAAGCCUUGUUUCAUAAAAUAUUUGUAAACUAUGUAACAUUAUGUACAAUUGAGUAAUUUGGGCAUUCGUUAAGUUUAUGUAAAUAAUGAGGAAGAAUGCAGUUUGCUGUAGAUGACUGUAUCUUAAUAAACAUUUAAUUGCAUUUCCACAUGCUGCAAUACGUGAACAUGACAGAACUAGCUUUUACUCUGCAGGGAAUAAAUUACCUCUUAUCUUGAAA